UUUGGUACAGCGAAAUUUAUGAAACAAUAGAUUUUCAAGCAUUGAGUAGAUAAAAAUAAAUCCUCAAAUAUCGGACCAAAGGAAAGGGAUGGUUUGUGAAGCAGUGAUGUAGGGUUGAAUGGAGGGGGUGGGUCAAUCAGAGUGAAGGGAAGUGUUGGGAUAGAAAGCUACCCAGUUUGAAUCCGACUACCGACAUUCAACAAGAGUCGUGUGCCUUGCCAUAAACGCGAAAGUCCCGUGUAUUUUUCUUCUAUGCGCAAGAAUGAGGCGUCAAUCUUACUGCUCAAGUUUCAACAGCAGCAGUGUUGGAGGAGAACCUCUUAUCGUUGUAGAAGAAAGCAUACUAGGUGAAGAGGAUUCGGAGCGUCAAAGAAAUGAAUCACCUCCUCGCUGCUUAGACCCAGAUUCACCAUCUCUAAAUCCUUAUCUUUUAUCACCUUGGCGUGAUAAUCGAAAACACUCUUUGCCUACUCCACAAUGUACUUCUGGAAUAACUGCCUCUCAAGUGCGACGCUUAAGUGAAAGAGGAGGAGAAGGAUCAGGACCAUCACCCAGAGAAGCAGCUUUCCUAGCCACUCUUUCGCAAGCACCAGCUCCACAACCAGGUGGACGAAGACAUUCAGUUGUUACGAUUUCAAAAGUACCUCAUUCAUUAUUCGGAAAUCGUCGAGAAUCUAUUGCAGCUUUAUCAAUGGGGGCAUCUAGAGUACUAUCCAGUCGACGAGAAUCUACAGCUGGCAUCACUGGACCUCCAAGCAAUAGCGGAAGUACGCACAAUCUUCAGUUAGACAUUAUGGAUGACAUAGCAGAAAUCAAAGCAAGAAAGGUUCGUCUCAAAAUGUACAGAACUUCUUCAAAAGAACGCGUUUGUGAAGUUCAACCUUUGGAGGGUAGCAGUUCAACGCAGCGUUAUAUACAGCAGCAUCGUCGAUUUUCGGAUUUUACAUUGGCCUCAAUUCCCGCAGCAUCAACUAAUAGAAGGAGAGCUUCAGAAAUGCCAUUUACUCCUCCGUCUAAACCUAAGUUUUCACAAACCACUGGAAUCAUUUGCUCCAACACAGAUCUUAUUUCUAUACUUAGUUCCUUAACUUCGUCAGCUACUGAAAUUAAUAGAUGCGGUGAAGAAUUUCCAAUGACGAAAGAAAAUAAGUCUGGUAAGACAGCGGAGCAAAAACGAAGGAAUCUUAAAAAUUUUCGCUCCAACAGUUUUGACAUCUCAAUAUUGCAUGAGGCUGGAUGUAAAUUGACAUCUUCUGGUUCAAUGAAGUCAACAAAUGCAGCACCUUCCAACUGGUUUAUCAAACGACAUCAACCAAUGUCCAAAAAGCAGAAAAACGAUGAGAGUAUUUCAACAUUAUUUAAUUUAAAAUUUGAUAAAUUGAAAGUAGCUAAAUUUACGAAAGAAGCCCUUAUAAAAAGUCCUCCAACUAAGGAAUCGAAUUUAAGGCAUAAAGUUGUAUGGGAUGGACUCAGUGGUACCAAAGUCGAUGCACAGGUUCUCGGCAGUGCAAUAGAAGAAUUUUUAACGUCUCAAAGAGGUAGUGAACCUGAAGGUUCUAGUAAUUCCUGUGAGAAGCCAUCUGUAUCACCUAGAAAGUCAAAAACAUCCUCUGGCAAAAUGACUACAUGGUUUUCUUCUGGAAACAAAGAAGAAGAGCAGACAGAGUCUUGUGAACCAUCUAUAUGUUCUUCACUUAAAGAUCUCUUUGUAAAGUAAAAUAUUUUUGUAUACAUGAUUUUAAUUAUAUUUUUGAUAGAUUAUUUCAAAUUCCUAAAAGUUAAUAAAAUUCUAAAAAUCGUAAAAAGGGGUAAACAAAUUGUCAAUUUUCUCUAACCCUCCGCCAUACGCCACAAAAAUAAUUACAAAAGCGCACACACUUAUGAGAAAUUCUUCACAUGAAAAAUAAAACGACAUUGACUAGUGUAAGAAGGAAUCGUUUAUUAUAACCUGGUUUCUUCGAUGACGAGCUGAGAAAUAAAAAAUGUAUCCAGAACUUGAAAAUUUUUUACACAUUCGACUUAUUAAUUUAAAAAAUGUGUUCAAAACGGAUGUGACAAAAGUUAUAGUAACUGAGUUUAUAUAACAAAGUGAAAAACAAAACUUAUUUAAAAAAUACAUAACCCAGUGAGGAAAUUCAUCAUUUUGGUGUGUGGCGGAUGUUAAAUAUUUAUACAUUCUAAAAUGAAACAAAAAUUUUAAUGUUAACAUGAUUUUAAAAAUAUAUUUUAUUUUUGAUGCAAGUUGUACAAAUACAAAUAUAUACUAUAAAUAUAUUAUCAAAAAUGAAUAUUAUUGCUUAUCGCUUAAAAAUUUGUUUAGAUAACCUAAAUAAAUAACAAAUGAAUUUCGAGACAAACCAAUUUUAGAAUUUUAUUAACUUUGUUAUAAUUCUUAAAUAGAUUUUAAUAUAUAUAUAUAUAUACAUAAAUCUUAUGUUUAGAAAAAGACAUGCGGUUAUCAUAAUUUAAAAUUUGUAUUGUCAGUAAUUUUCUAUAUUGUACAUAUACCUAUAUUUCAUAAAACUAGCUGAUAUACGUAAGAAAACUUUCAAGGAGCUUGAAUUGCCAAAAGGAAAAAGAACUUGCAAUGGUUUUAAUACAUUUAGAAAUUUGUGGAAAUUCAGAUGUAGUUUAGACAGUCAAACGGCUGCCGUGAAUGAAUGUUUCCUUACGGAAGAUAUGCAGUGUACCUCACAAAAAUAGAUGAAGCUGGCAUUAAAUUUAAUUUAAAUGCAAUUGCGUUUACUAUCCGCAUUUACAGCUAGUAUUCAAAUACUUGCGACGUCUUUCAGUUUCGUCGAUUUUUUUUACAUGCAUUAAAUCUAAGAAUCGAAAGAUUAACAUCCAAUACAUUUUUGACAUGUAAACUGAUCAUAUCAGCAUGUAUGUAUCUUUAAUGUAUUUGUCAGAAUCCGAAUUAAUUCCAAAAGUUUUACUUUAAAAAAAUGUUUAGUAUUUGUAAAUAAUAGCAACCAUAAAUCAUAGUCGCUUAAAGGCUAAACUAUAAUUCCAAUUAAAUCUUUUGAUUGAAUUCUAGCUAUAACUUCCUCCUCAAAUAUUUGUAUUAGUUUUUGUCAUAUGUGACGCGCUACGAAGAAAGGUCGGUAGAAAACAAUUUAACGAAAAAUGUCGAAUUCGCGUUUACACUCAACUGAAAAGGUGUUUCAUAUUUAGCAUCGUUUUAUAUCUGGAAAGCAAAUAACGGAUUCUUCUUUAAUUUUGCAAAAUAAAAAUAAUUUUUAUUGUAUAUUUUAGAUGUAAUGAGGAGUUAAACAUUGUUUUGCAUUAAAAGAUUUUUUAAAGCAUUUUUACUUGAAAUAUACAAAACUUUAGUUAUAAUUCUUUGCUACUUGCUUCUCUUUCUUCGUAACACGUCACUUAUGUUGGUUCUCUCUAAAAGGCAAAUGAUGAGAAGUAUUUUUUAUUGCCUUCUUCGAUUUGAUAAUUAUUUAAUUCUUACUUUAUCUAUUGAAAUUUGUUGAACUAAAAAUGUAAAAUAUAUAAUAUUCCUUAUGGAAUAGAAGUUACAUUUUAGAAUAGAAAAGAAUUAAUGUUUUCGAUGUUCUUGCCGAGGUUCUUGCCAAUUUUGGGCAUUGGAAAUAAUAGUGACUUUCGGAUAUAGUGAAGAUGAAAUAAAUUAAGAACUUUAAUGACUAAGAAACAGUUUUUAUUUAUUUCUAAUGAAAACUUGAAUUUAUCGUCUACAAAGCAGAGUUGGGGAACAUGGGGCAAAAAAGGUAAAUUCUUUCCAAUUUGCCCCGGGGGCAGGGCAGAACGGGGAGUCAGUAUUGAUCUUCAGGGUAUUCGUCAGAUGUUGGUAGUUUGGAUAUGGAAUGUGUGUUAUUCCAGGUAUGACCUUCACACCACAUUGAACUAUUAUUGACGCAUGUUAUACUAUAAUUCAUUUAAAAAAUUAUAUAUCUGAUUAUUUCAGUAUAUUAAAGAGUCAUAAGUACUCUUCCCGUUCUGUCCAUCCCACUUUGCCCUAAAGGUAUCUUCGCUAUUAAAAAAAUGUUGUGCAAUUACAAUUUCAUAUUUUAAAUCUAAUAACAGCGCAAUUCAUUUAUCAAGGAAUUCACCUUCAUAUGAUAUGAAUUUGGAGCCUUAAUUUAUGCUAUUCAGUUAAUAUCCUGGUUAAGAAACUAUUCUAAAGUCACCAAUUUGACUAGCUCUUAAUUUUGUCCAUGUUCCUACAAAAUAUACAUUAUUUUAUAAUUAAAUAUUUAUUUUUGAAUAAAGUACAAUUUUUAUUUGACAGUGUUGUCUUCUAAAAUAAACUAUUUACUCGAAGAUGAAUUCUCUCACAUUGUUUGAGGAUAGUUAAACGAGACCAUAUAAAACAUUCAAUUGUAUCACUAGACAAUCAAGUUUCUAAAAAAAAUUAAUGUUUGUCAAAUAUUUAACUUUGUUAACGGUAGGUUUGUUUCAAAUGUAAUAAAUACUUUAAGAUUAUACGACACUAUUUUCUUGAAAAAACCGUUUUUAAUAUUAAAAGUGCCAUAAAAAUGCGUUUGAAACCGAUAUAAUUAAAAAGUGGUUACACGCGGCAUUUAUUUAUUUUACAAUCCCCGCAGUCCAGUCGUUGAAUCAUAAAUAGGUAACAAAAUAGUUAUAAAAUAUAGGGGAGAGUCAGUACGGUCGGGCCACUUCUAAAGUGGAAUGUUUACAUCAGAAAAUGUGUGGACAAAAAUUGGAAAAGUUAUAAACAUUUAAAAAAAAUGUCGUUAUGUUUUGUUGUAAAUGUGGGCCACACCGUAGAAAAUCAAUGUGAUAUGAAGGAAUAUUACUAAAAAUGGCCCGUAAAUUAAAGAAGAAUGCUGAAAUCCACUUGAAAAUGGGAAAAGGAAAUAUAAAAUUCAUAUAAAAAUUACUCUUUAUCAAUUUUUUAUUUUAUUAAUCGUAUAAAACAAUUAAUAUUUGACUAUUAGUAAAUUACUUGUAUUACGUUGGAAAAAAAAUCAAGAUUUCCGCGGGUUAGCUUUCCUUUUUCUUCUCGAAGUUGGUCUAAAAAUUCAAGAAAAAUCGCGUCGUUUUGCUUUUUUUAGCACACAGAUAUAAACGCACGAUAUAAAAACCAAAUAACAUACCAAAGUAUUAAAGCACUCCCUAAUGAAUAAAUUUCAUCAACUUACUUUAUUGUUUGCAACUUCUUUUGUUUCAAAAUUCACCACACAUUUACGUUUCACGUUUGUACUGCUCGCGUACUUCAAUGGAACUUAAUGAAAGUGACUUGAAAAGUUUUCUACCAUCACUAACAAGUAUAUUUACAUGCAAUGGUAAAUGGCGCCAUAGUUUGUGACAACUAAGAAAUCCGAGGUAGCCCGACCGUACUGACUCUCCCCUACUUAAAUUUAACGCAGAUAAAUAAACUAAAUUUUUAUGGUCGGCAUGACAAAAUAUAUUUGUUAAGACAUCCAAGAAAUUUCGUCUGUGAUGUGUUAAAAAUGUCUAUAUCAGGUUUAAGAACAGAAUACAUUUGAUUUACAUGAUAACAGGCAAAGAAAAUAAGUGCAUUAAAAAUUAUAAGUGAUGGAAAAUUCUUUAAAUAAAUGGCGUGUUUUGUGUAGAUGACAGACGUGGGACCCUGAUAUUUAUUUUACUUAACAA